GGGCUUGUUGACACAUCUGCCUGCCAAGAGGGUGUUGCAUGCCCACACCACAGGGAGAGGAACCUCUUUGCUUGGGAUUCACUGCGGCCUCCGUGUGUACAUCUCUUCAUCGGAAUAUCAAUUCAAACUCUUUAUCAUAUCCUGUAUAAUACGAAGGUCAAGGACACUGAUAUCCAGAGUUCUGACUUGUCCUACAUCACAAAAUCAACGUGGAGAAAGAAACUGGGGCAUACAUGGGGUCUCCUGCUCCCAUUCCACAUGGAACACCACCUUGAAGAUUCCACAUCAUCUAACAUCCAUUCCUAAUUUGGCAGGGCUUGGCCGGACUGCACAAUGCUGCUCACCCUUUGUACCUUCCUCCUCGGGCUGACUCUCAGUCACCCCCAGACCAUCCCGGAUGAUAAUAUCAUGACUAGCAAGAGCCCUUAUAGGAACCUGGCUCCAAACAAUGCUGACUUUGCCUUCGACCUUUUUAAGCAUCUAGUGAGCUUGAAUCCCAACAAGGAUGUCUUAAUCUCACCUAUAAGCAUCUCAAUGACCUUAGCUAUGCUGUCUCUGGGUGCCAAGAGUCAAACACGUAUUCGGAUGCUUAAAGGUCUGGGUUUUGACCUCAGUGAAAUCUCUGAAGUUGAGAUCCACCAGAAUUUUGAGCAUCUUUAUUUAUUCUUCACACGGUUGAAUAACAGCUUGGAAAUGAUCAUGGGAAGCACCUUGUUCUAUGAUCAGAGCCUGAAUCUUAUGGAGCUAUUCUCAGAAGAAGCCAAGCAGUACUAUGGUUUGGAGCAUUUGGCUGUAGAUUUUCAAAGUUGGGAAAAAACCAAAGGUCAAAUUAAUAUGCACAUUAAGGAUAAGACACAGGGAGAAAUCUCAGAUUUGUUCUUGGAGCUGCCGAACCAGACUACCCUCAUCUUGAUAAACUACAUCUUCUUCACAGGCACAUGGGAACAGGCCUUUGACCCAGCAAACACCAUGGAGAAGGACUUCUAUGUGGAUGCUGAGACAGUGGUAAAGGUACCCAUGAUGUUCCAGUCUAGCAUCAUCAAACACUUUAACGACACAGAGCUGGGCUGCAUGGUGGUGCAAUUGGACUACGUGGGCAAUUGUGCUGUCUUCCUCAUCCUCCCAGACACUGGGAAGAUGAACACAGUCAUCCAGGCACUGAGUCGAGACACAAUCCAUCGGUGGUCUACAUCCAUGUCCAGCAGACAACUAGACCUCUACAUGCCCAAGCUCUCCCUUUCUGGCACUUAUGACCUCAUGGACAUCAUGAAGGCCAUGAACAUCACAGACGUAAAGAUCAACCAGAUGGAAUUACCCAACAUCUUCAUUAGAGCCAAAAGGUUUUACUCAAAGGUAACUAUUUCCAGCUUCCUUUAUGCUCUGCUCCUGCAAAUCCUCACAGAUAGUGACAGGCUGCCCCACUGA